CAGUGAAAAAAAAGAGAGAAAGAGAGAGAAGACUAGAAAUUCUCCCAACCACGACAGAACGAAACAUCAAGGCACAGCGAGACGAUAUCCUCUUGCGGCGCGGUGUGGACCUCAAAAAAAAAAAAAAAUUCUGUGAUCUUUUUCGAAAAAAAAAAUUUCCUCCCCUUCGCAAAAAAAAACAACAAAGAAAUGCGAUUUUUUUUCCCUUAAUUUCAUCCCCCUUUUUGCCCUCCUCCCCCCUCUAUUUUCACCCUCCCCCCUCUUUUUUUCCCCAACAAAAAUUUUUCCAAUUUUAAUUGUCAAAAAAGCAAGAUGCGGCCAAAGGGUCGCAUCUUAAUAUUCAAAGUUCUGGAUUUUUUAUGGAUCAUUGGAGGUGUGUUUUUCAUUCUAUCAACGGGAUGGAUUAAUGGUGUUGAGAGUGUGAUAUGCAGAGACGGUGAAAAAUGUAAUUGUACGGGAAUAAAAGGUGAGCCUGGACAUUUUGGAAUUCCAGGAGGAAUUGGACCUCAAGGAUUGCCGGGAGAAGUUGGUCCAGAUGGGCCAGCGGGACCAAAAGGCGAAAAAGGAGCUGCCGGAGAACAUGGAAGCACAGGAGAAAAAGGUUACCGAGGAGACACUGGAGCGAGAGGAUUUGUCGGAGACGCUGGAAGACCUGGAAUGAUUGGAAACGCUGGAUUAAGUGGUCCAGAUGGUUUAGAAGGUUGUAAUGGAACUGAUGGAACAAUGGGAGGACCCGGAAGAUCAGGACAUUAUGGAGAACGAGGUCUUCCUGGUGCUCCAGGAAGUUAUGGACCACGUGGUGAACCCGGUGAAGGUGGUGUCAAUUCAAAGGGAAGCAAAGGAAUAAGAGGCGAAUUUGGAACCGAUGGUCUAAAAGGUUUUCCAGGACAGAUUGGCUAUACGGGCGAUAUUGGACUUCCAGGAGAGAGAGGUGAUCCGGGUUAUGAUGGAUUUCCUGGAGAACAGGGACCAAUUGGAGAACCAGGUGAACCGGGUAUUGGAAUACAGGGAUUUCAAGGUGACAUGGGAGACACCGGAGAGCCUGGACAAGAUUUUUUACCAUGGACAAUAAUAAAUCAGACAGUAUUGCAAGGAAAACGAGGACCUCCAGGACCAAAAGGUGAUAGUGGCAGUUACGGUCGUCCUGGUUUACCAGGUGUUAAAGGACCGCAGGGUCGUUCGGGUCUACAUGGUUUUAAAGGAGUAAAGGGAGAACAAGGAGACGAUGGACCAAGAGGCAAGCAAGGUGUUACCGGUCCAGAAGGUCCUGCCGGUGAAAAAGGAGAAAAAGGAGCUCCAGGUUUUGAAGGACGACCGGGAUCCGAUGGUUUUGAUGGAGAAGCGGGAGAAGAUGGUAAUGCUGGACCACCUGGAAAACAAGGAGCAGAAGGUGAAAAAGGCGCGUACAUUCCAGAACUCGAUGAAAUGGUUCCCGGAAGUAUUGGACCUCAAGGAGAUUUAGGACCGCACGGUGAACAAGGAGAAUCAGGAACUCCAGGAUUAGCGGGAAAUGUGGGAUAUAUUGGACCAGCAGGACCUCCGGGACCUCCAGGUAUGCCUGGAAUUCCGGGAAAAAAGGGAACAUCUGAGAAAGGAGAACGAGGCGACGAUGCUCCAUCUGGACCAAGGGGACCAAUAGGUCCUCCAGGUUAUCAAGGACUACCCGGAAUUGUUGGAGAUAAAGGAUUUCCUGGUUUAGCAAUUGUUGGACCACCUGGACAAGAGGGAAAACGAGGUUUUGAUGGUUAUCAUGGACUUCCUGGAGAUCGUGGCGAUCCUGGUCCACCGGGCGAGAAAGGUUUUCCGGGUAAAGGUGUUAGAAUUCGAGGACCGCCUGGCGAAAGUGGUCUUCCAGGAAUUCCAGGUUCUGCAGGAAAACCAGGUAUUCCAGGACUUCCGGGAUUUAAAGGCGGAAGAGGUUUUCGAGGAGACGACUGUGGCGUUUGUACACCAGGAUUACCUGGACUAAAAGGUGAGCAGGGUGAAAGUGGAAGGCAAGGAUUUGCUGGAACUCCGGGCUAUCCAGGAUUUCCAGGACCAAGAGGACAAAAAGGUGUUCAUGGAAAUUCUGGCGUUGUGGGUCCACCAGGUUUGGAAGGUACCAGCGGAAGAACUGGAAUCGCUGGUGUUACUGGUCCCAAAGGUGAACCGGGAAGAAUUAUUUGGCCACCGCAAAAUAAAACUGAAAUUUUAUACGCAAUGGGCGACAAAGGUGAUAAGGGUCUUCCUGGACCUGAAGGUCUCAUGGGUCCUGUUGGUCGUCCUGGUUUACCUGGUGACGAGGGUAUGCAAGGACCCAACGGCGCCAAGGGUGAACAUGGAAUGCCUGGAUUACCGGGUAGAGAUGGAGUACCAGGAAAAUUUGGCCGUGACGGUGAAAAGGGAGAUUCUGCUUCUGUUGAAAUUUAUCUAUUGCGAGGUGAUGCAGGUUUACCUGGUUUACCAGGUCGCAAAGGUGAACGUGGUAUCGUUGGCGUUAAAGGUGAACGGGGAAUUUCAGCAUCGGCAAUUUUCGAAAAUAUCAAAGGGCUUAGAGGCUAUAAGGGAGAAAAUGGAGAAGCAGGAUUUGAUGGCUACAAAGGUUUUAAGGGACGAGUGGGCGACGUAGGAUUUGUAGGAUUACCAGGACCUCCUGGACCACCUGGUUUCUCAUUUCAAGGUCCACAUGGUCUAAAGGGCUAUCCUGGAAUGCCAGGCGAAGAAGGACCACGUGGUACACCUGGACAACCGGGUCUCAUGGGUCCUGAAGGAUAUCCAGGUUUUCUGGGACAGAAGGGAGAACGUGGUGAUCCAGGCUCAAAUUUAAUAUACGGUGAUAUUGGAGAAAUGGGUGUUUAUGGAGAAAAGGGAGAAUACGGUGAAGCUGGUCCACGUGGAUAUUCAGGAAGAGCUGGUUACGAUGGACCAAAAGGAAUGAGAGGUGCUAAAGGGGCACCGGGUUUUACUGGACUAAGUGGACUACAGGGAUCAAAGGGAUCGAGAGGUGACAGUAUUCAAGGAUCAAGAGGAAUGCCCGGAAUUCCAGGUGCACCUGGAUUUAGAGGAAUUCCAGGAGACGUUGGUUAUAAAGGAUCUGACGGUGCGCCAGGAUUUAGUGGAAUGAAAGGAUUGAAGGGCGACACAGGUUAUCCUGGACGUCGUGGUGAGGAUGGAGCAACGGGAAUAAUAGGAUUCAGAGGAAUGAAUGGUGCACCAGGUUUACCUGGUCUUCCUGGAAUGGAAGGCGAUGUUGGAUUGCGAGGGGAAUCUGGACCACCAGGAAGACAAGGUUUAGAUGGCGCCGAUGGUGAAGUGGGAAUUAAAGGAGAACGUGGUGACACUGGACCCGAAGGACUUAUGGGACCUGAUGGUCCACCUGGUUUUAAGGGUGUUAUUGGUGAUAUCGGACCCGAUGGACCGGAUGGACCGAGAGGAGAGAAUGCGUUUAGUGGACCUCAGGGCGAUAAGGGUGAGCCUGGAUUCAUGGGCGAAGUUGGAUCGCCAGGUCGUCCGGGAAUUGACGGUCGACCUGGUCUUCCAGGUGAGCCAGGAAUGGCAAAGGACGGUUUCGAUGGUUUGAAGGGAGAACAAGGAGAGCCGGGUUUUGAUGGUAUCGAUGGACUUCGAGGACUUAAAGGGGAAAUUGGAGAUAUGGGUUUGGAUGGUGAUAAAGGAGAAAGAGGCGAUGAUGGAAUUAAAGGUUGGCCAGGAAAGCCUGGAUUACACGGAAGAUAUGGAGAGAAAGGUAAACGGGGACCAAUGGGACCAGCAGGUUUUGAAGGUUUGAAAGGUAAACGCGGCUUGGAUGGAGAUCCGGGUCUAAUGGGACGACCGGGAAUGCCCGGAGAUAUUGGUCCUGUAGGAUAUCCAGGUGUUUCAGGUCCUCGCGGUCGUAAAGGUCAAAUUGGUGAACCUGGAAUAGCUCCAUAUUUGAUAGGUACGAAAGGCGAUUUUGGUAUUCCUGGAAUGCAUGGAUUCCCCGGAAGAAAAGGAGAAAGAGGAGAAGCCGGUUAUCCUGGAUAUGCUGGUCUAAAGGGAAUGGAAGGUGACAUAGGAUUCCGAGGAGCUGAUGGAUUUCCAGGACUUGAAGGACUUCCUGGUCUUCCUGGAGAUCAAGGAAUGCCAGGAAUGCCAGGUUUAUCUGGUCAAUUCGCCGAACCUGGAGAACCAGGUCGUGAUGGAUUAGACGGUCAACCGGGAAUACCUGGACGGCCAGGACAAAAGGGAGCACCUGGAGAAUAUGGUCCUAAUGGCCCGAAGGGAAUUCAUGGAGAUGAAGGGGAAAUUAUUCCAGGUCCCAAGGGAAUAAGAGGCGAUGUUGGACAUAGAGGAUAUGUCGGAUUUCCGGGAGAACCAGGUCUUCCAGGACAACCUGGUUUCCCAGGACCUGUUGGUCCAAAAGGUUAUAGAGGAGAGCCAGGAACUUCGGAAUUUAGUCACAAAGGAGAGAGAGGAGAUGCUGGUCUAUUGGGACUUGAUGGUCUUCAUGGUCCAAAAGGCAUGCGAGGUGAUACGGGAUAUGCAGGAAGACCAGGAAUUCCCGGUGCUAAAGGGGAAAGAGGAAUAGAUGGACAUCAUGGACUUCCAGGACCGCCAGGACCUCCAGGUCCGCAGGGAAUGAAAGGACAUCGUGGAUUGCUUCCAUUCCCCGCAGUACCAAGACCAGGAUUACCAGGAGAUGAUGGACCACCUGGAUUACCAGGUUUAUCGGGAAGAAAAGGAGAAUCUGGUGAACCAGGAGAGGAUGGUUUGCCGGGACGCAUUGGAGAAAGGGGAAUGGAUGGUCCAAUUGGUCCACCUGGUCAGCCAGGAAGAGAUGGACCAAAUGGAUUCCAAGGUCCUCCUGGAACUGACGGACGUCCUGGAUCACCAGGAUAUCCUGGAGAAGCUGGAGAACCGGCGCCAAGGCCUCGAGGUCCUCAAAAUCGAGGAUUUUUCUUCGCUAGGCACUCGCAGUCUGAAAUGAUUCCUACCUGUCCAAAGAACACUGUCAAACUAUGGGACGGAUUCUCUCUUUUGCACAUCAUGGGCAAUGGUCAUCCAUGGGCUCAGGACUUAGGUCAAGCUGGAAGUUGUCUUCGAAAGUUUUCCACUAUGCCGUUCUCGGUUUGUAAUUUGAACGACGUUUGUGAUUAUGCACAGAGAAACGAUUACAGUUAUUGGUUAAGUUCAACGGAACCAAUGCCAAUGAUGAUGACACCAAUUCCUGCGCCCGAAGUUGGUAGAUACAUAUCGCGAUGUUCCGUUUGCGAAGCUCCGACAAGAUUAAUUGCCAUUCACAGUCAAACUAUGGACAUUCCACAAUGUCCCGGUGGUUGGGAAGAAGCAUGGGUUGGCUACAGUUUCUUAAUGCAUAGAGAUUCGGGAGCAGCGGGUGGUGGACAAUCAUUAGUAUCACCUGGAUCAUGUCUCGAGGAAUUUAGAACGCGACCAUUCAUUGAAUGUCGUGGUCUUGGUACUUGUAAUUACUUUGGAACAGCAAUUUCCUAUUGGCUUGCAACUGUGAAAGAUUACGAGCAAUUUAGAAAACCUCUACAGCAAACACUAAAGGCUGAUCAUACAUCGCGUGUCAGUCGUUGCGCUGUUUGUCGUCGACGUCUUGUCAAUGAAGAUUAUAGUCAUACAUAUCCAUUGAAUACACUCAGAGAAAAUCGUUAUCCACAAAGUGUAUAUCCUGAAAGUCGUGAAGAAUCAGAUCGCACAUUUAUCAGUAAUAAUAAUAUUCCGCCACGUAUUCAAAAUCGACCAUACGAAUGGCAACGAAAUCAAAGACCCGCACAGCAACGUCAUCCUUAUAGGCAACGUCAUCAUCAAAAUCCAAGAAGAAAUCGUAUUCACACUUCUGAAACAGAUCCACAAUCAAAUUAUACAUGAUAAAUAAUUCCUAGAUAAUCACGAAUUAUUUUUUCAAUUUUUUUUUUUUUUUUUUUUUGUAAUAAGUCACAUGUAUAUAAAAUAAUUUUUUUUUUUUUUAGUUUUUAUUUCACAGAGUAAUAUUAAGUUAUAUAUUCUUCUUCUGUUGAAUUGUCACCUACCUUACGUUUUUCUUACUUCGUAAUUAUUAUACAUAUAUAGAAGAGCAAAUGUCGCGCUGUGCCAUAAACAAAAAAAAUAUAUAAAUCAACGACUGCCAAAUACUACUUUGUUAUAAAAAUAAUAAUAAUAGUGCCUUGCGCGAUUUAUCAAAUGAAGAAAUAAUAUUUAAAUUAACUUUAUAUAAUAUAAACGCUAAUUUUACUGUAAGUCAAAAAAAAAAAGUCAUAAAUAAAUUACAUUUUAUAUAAUCUGUAAA